UGAGCGCGUUCCGUCAGCUGCGAGAGUGUUCGGAGAUCGGGGGGGGGAAAGAGUAAAAUUGGUAGCAUGUUUUCCUUCAAAGAGCAAAAUCAAUAAUCAGCGUUUUUUGUAGAGGAACAUCUUAUUGAGGGCCACCAGCAUUCUGUCCAGCCCCUCUCUCUCCAUCAUUGUUUUUUCCAUUCCUUUUAAUUUGCCUCUUUUGGCCAUCUGCAAUGAGUUCUUCAACUAGCAGUGCCUUUGCCACUGUUGUUCCAGAGAUGCCAGAUAAUCACAAAGAGAGCUGGGAGGCCUUGAUACUUGCAGUUGAUAGCUACCACAAACAGACAGGCAAUGAAGUAGCUCUGCUGAGUGCCCACAAGAGAUCAUUUAAGAAGCAAGGUAUUAGUGGAGCUGCUAAAGAUGAUUUUGGAGAUAAUUUUUCAUACACAGUCCUGGGGCCUGGUCCUUUGUCAGAGGCAGUGAAGACCUACCUUGAUGAUAUUUCAGUCCUACACAAGACCAGUUUGCUUACCUCUCAUCGCUGUGAUCACACUGGUGGAUCAAUGGCAUUGAUUUCUACCAUGGCAGAUAACUCCCAUCUUUUGACCUCUGGUGACAGUAGUCAAAGUUCUUGCCUGUACUCUCACAGCUAUCCAUCAAUAUACAGCCAAGGAAUUGUUUCUGGUGCUGUUGAUGGUUUGGGUGCAACUAACACCGUGGGAACUGCACAAAUUGCCGAAAUAAUGCAUAGUGAUCAGCAGACCUCAUUGCAAAAAUGCCUGGAAAAAGAUGCAAAGGACAAAGGGAGGAGACUAAGCCCAAGUAAAGCCGAGCAAGAUGAUGACGAUGACGACGACGAUGAAGAUGAUGAGUAUGAAAUGGAAAGACAGAACCGGAAUUUGAAUGAAACAACUGGCUUGUUUCCUAUGGAUGAAGAUUCAUCCUGUCAGGAAUGUGAACCUUUCUUUGAGUCUGAUAUUGAUGAGGAAGAAAGCACAGAUGAUGGAUCUCUAAGUGAAGACCUUCCAGUAUCCUCCCAGCAGUGUGGGUUUCCAGUGGCCAAUUCAUCCUGCACUUUUUCCCGGCAGCUUGCUCGUUCUCUUCCUGUUACUGUCCCAAUGUGGGGCUUCCACAAUGGAAAGGGCGGUCAAAACCACCAUGGUGAAAGCCAUAGUGGUGAGCGAGUGGUUUGUCCUGACUUGGAAAAGAUUGCUGCAAGUAUGAGAGCUUUAGCAAUGAGUGUCACAGAUGGGACAGAGAUGUUUGGUGACCUGCCAAGGCCACGGCUGAACACAGGAGACUUCCAGAAGCCUAAAUACUGAGGAGAAUGAUCACUGCAAGCAGACAUUUAAUAUUAAAAUGGAUGGACAUUUACUUGUUAGUUUACUGUCAAACACUAGCCACCAAACUGACUAAGAAACAACACUAAUCCUUCAACUCAAAUAAAUAAAAGUUUUGCAUAGUGAAACUGAAUGACAAGUUUACAGGUAAUAGAGAAACACAUACUGACUAAUCACAUUUGUAUGAAUCACAGUAGACCAUAAUAAUGCUAUAACUGAAAAGCUGAACUUCUGAAGUUUUUAAACAAUCUCCAAAUACCAAUUUAUAAUGUAAGGCUUUCAAGUUAUGACUGGGCCUUCAUCCAUGUUUGAUUAAAAUAGAUGCAGCUUGAGUUUUAUCUGUCCUUCACUUUAGUAUAGCAAGUAAGCGUAGCCUGCUAUAAUCAUGAUUUAACUCAAACAUGUUUAAAGUUUAUUUUUGAAACUGUGGUUUUAAUUGAGCUUAAAAUGGAAACAUAUCCAGUUCUGUUAUUUUGUUUUGUUUGUCCUGUGAAUGAACAAUUGCUUGGCCACAGGCUCAAGAUAAAACAAUUGUUUUUUUAAAUAUUUUUAUCAUGCUUUUGUUUAUUUCAUUCAAUCAGAAGAAUGGGCCUGUUCCUAUUCUUCAACCAAGACACGUAUCUGACGGACUGGAAAGUUGCUCGUCUGUACUGGAAAGGAAAAUCGUUUUCAAUUAAAUUAUGCCAAUAUGCUGUAUCAUACAGUUUGUUAUAGUUCAGUCGAAUUAAGCACACAAUCUAGUAUUUAGGAAAAACAAUCUGUUUAACUUGAAUAAGAAUUAAAGUUUGUUACAAUUUUUAUUUC